AUGACAGCUACGUUGGAAGCCUGUAAAGGAGAUCAACCUUUUAUGAGCUUUGCAGUAUCUUACUCGACGAGAUACUGCUACAAUCACAGGCGAAAAGAAUGCACUGCGACGCUGCGUAAUCUGACCUCUGUGAGAGGAUAUGGAGUCAUAGAUAAUGCCAAGGCUGCAGUGGAGAAACUAUGUCCUGGUGUUGUAUCUUGUGCAGAUAUCGUUGCCGUGGCUGCCACGGAUGCUUCAGUUGCUGUUGAAGGUCCAAACUGGGCGAUGAAGCUUGGAAGAAGGGAUUCGACCACAGCAAGCAAAACUCUAGCUGAAAGCUCGCUUCCCAGUUUCUUAGACAGCCUCGAAAGCCUUACUAACAGAUUUGCUGGUUUAGGCGUCAAUGUCAGAGACUUGGUUGCGCUCUCGGGUGCACAUUCAAUAAGUAAUUCAGCUAAUCAGUAA